AUGGGCCUUUCCGGCGAGCAGUAUGACGUGAUAGUUAUCGGAGCCGGUAUUAUGGGCAGCUCCGCGGCUUAUGAACUAGCAAAGAGAGGCCAGAGGGUGCUCCUGCUGGAGCAAUUCGACUUCCUCCACCACCGCGGCUCGUCGCACGGCGAGUCCCGGACCAUGCGGGCGACGUAUCCAGACGGCUACUACUGCCCCAUGGCCGUCGAAGCUUCCCGGCUCUGGGAAGAGGCCGAAUCGGAGAUCGGGUACAGGGUCUACUUCAAGUGCCCGAAUUUCGACAUGGGGCCCGCGGAGAACAAGAGCCUCCGCGCCAUCAUCUCGAGCUGUCGGGAGAGGUCCAUUGACUGUCGGGUUCUCGACCACCGUCAGGUCGACGAGGAAUUCGACGGUCGAAUUAGGAUCCCGGAGGACUGGAUCGGGGUCUGCACGGAGCUCGGCGGGGUGAUCAAACCCACCAAGGCGGUUUCGAUGUUCCAGACUCUGGCGUUUCGAAAUGGCGCGGUGUUGAGGGACCGCACGGAGGUGAAUGAGAUUGUCAAGGAUGACGUCAACGGCGGAGUUUUGGUGGUCGGCGAGGGAGGGAAAUUUUGGGGGAGGAAGUGUGUGGUUACCGUUGGAGCUUGGACGGAGAAAUUGGUGAAGAGGGUGAGCGGGAUUGAGCUUCCGGUCCAGCCGGUGGAGACGACGGUGUGUUACUGGAGGGUGAAGGAAGGGCAGGAAGGUAAAUUGGCGAUCGGCGGGGGUUUUCCGACGUUCGCCAGCUACGGGAGGCCAGGGGUGUACGGGACGCCGGAGCUGGAGUUUCCGGGGCUGAUCAAAGUAACGCUGACCGGCGGGUACCCGUGCGACCCAGAUAAGAGGCCGUGGGGACCCGGGAAGCCGACCGAGGAGAUGGAGGAGUGGAUUGAGGCGACGUUCGGCGGUUUGGUGGAGACCGGCGGCGGUCCGGUGUCGAAGCAGUCGUGUAUGUGCUGCAUGACGCCGGACAAGGAUUACGUGAUUGAUUUUCUGGGCGGGGAGUUUGGUGAAGAUGUGGUCGGCGGCGGCGGGUUUUCGGGUCACGGGUUCAAGAUGGGCCCCGCCGUCGGGAAGAUGCUGGCCGAUCUUGCCGUUGAAGGGGAGGUGAAAGGAGCUGUGGAGGAAGAAACUCUCCGGUAUUUCAGAAUACAGAGAUUUGUAGAGAAUCCACUUGGGAACCCGAAGGAUUUCCUGUAA